CUUACAGAGAAACUGAAUUUCAGAGUAAUUACUCCUACUAUAUAGACACUCCCAAUGCUAUACUUUAUUCAAUGUAAUUCAGCCAUGAAUACACCUAAGAAGAAUCAAAUCCAAAGAACCCUCUCUGAAUUGCAGGAAUCUCCUUUUUUUAAAUACGCUAACACCAGUUUAUCGCCUCUUUCGAUUGUGAAGAAGACUCCUACAAUAUAUGACACACUAAAUUUUAAUUCAGCUUCACCUCCAUCUGUUUUCACUUUACCUAAUAAAACCCUCUUAAAAAGGCAUCAACAUCCAGACGUAGCAAAACCUGUAAAUCGUAUAAUUGACGGAAACCCUAAUUUCGCGGCUACAGAGAACAUCCAGUCUGUUAGUGUACAACCCAGAAUUGAAGUAUCUUCUGGCAAUGUAAAUUGUGUCAAACCACUCGAAAAAUCCUCUGAAUGUGCAAAGUUAAAUUCUCAAGUGUUAAACAAUGAAAACGAAAAGGCAUCAUGUGACGGUCUAUUAAUUAUUGAUUCACUUUGUAACGUAACAACAAAAGCUUCCUUGCAAAUAUCACAAGAAGCAUACGAGCUUUCAUCUCGUUGUUUGGACGUUUCAUCCAACCAAGGCCAAACAUAUGAUAUGCAAAAUCCAUUCAAUGUCAAUGAUAUGAAUCAAACAGACGAGACAUCAGCAAAUUUGGAUUAUUUCUUAGUAAAUGAGUUAUUAUCUUACGAUUCUAAUGAAAUAACCCCAAAUGAGAUUUACAACAUACAUGGGGGAAUGCAAAGGCAGUGUCUAACCUUUGAGAUGCCAAGAACCAAGAAGAGUACAAAAAGUGUUGUUUUUUCUAGUUCUUUUUCUUCUACUAUGCAAAACCCUCUUAUAAAUUCAUCAGGAUUAUUCUCUUUAAGUAAUGAGGAGUUAAAUUCUGAUAGUCCGAAAACAAAGAGGAAAAAGAUUGAAACUACUGGAGAAGGCAUUGCAUGUAACCGUUGCAAGUGUAAAAAAUCCAAGUGUUUGAAACUCUACUGUGAUUGCUUCGCUGCUGGUGUUUACUGUGCUGAGCCAUGUUCCUGUCUAGAUUGUUUUAACAAGCCAAUUUAUGAGGAAACUGUUUACGCAGCUCGUAAACAGAUUGAAUCUCGUAACUCACAAGCAUUUACCCCUAAAGUGAUCAAAACCACAAAUUCAAGUCAAGAAGUUGGGCUGAAAAAUUCAGCCCAAACUCCUGCUUCAGCACGUCAUAAGCGAGGAUGCAAUUGCAGGAAAUCAAAUUGUUUAAAAAAAUAUUGUGAAUGUUAUCAGGCUGGUGUCGGAUGCUCCAUUAACUGCAGAUGUGAGGGCUGUAAAAAUGCAUUUGGCCGAAAAGAUGUUGAAAUAGAAAAGUCACAAGCCUCUCAUGAAUCUAUAACGAAUACGAGUUCAAAGAUACAUGAAUUCCACGAUGAUGAUUGCCAAAAUUUUGUAUUUGUUAUGCCUAUGACACCAUCAAGGCUUCACAGGCGAUCAAUUCCACAAGCAACUUCCUCGAAAGGGAAACCACCAAGAUCAUCGUGUCUUAGGACAAUGAGCUCGUCCUUUGGUAUGCCCCCGGUUGAAAAUGUGUCGGAUGAAAUUCCAAAAAUUUUGCAAAACAAUAAUCUUCUAAGCAGAAAUUCGACUUCGUCUCCAAAUAGUAAAAGAAUAUCUUCUUCAAACUAUGGAAAUAUUCAUAGACAAUCAGUUGAAUCCCGUAGCAGUCGAAAACACAUCUUGCAAUCUAUUCCAUCAUUUCCUUCACUUAGUCCUCCACGAUGAUUUUCUUAAUAACACUUGUUUCUUUUGAAUGUUGGAAUAAUACGCCAACCAUCUAUAUCUCCUCAUAUUGGUGUGCUAAUUGUAGUCCAUUCUAUAUCAAGUAUCAUGUAUAAUAUUGUUACAUUCUUUUCUUAGAAAUUUUAGUAGAG